AUGCACCACUCAUCUAUAUUCAUUUUGAGCUUCUUAGCCGCAACAACCACAGCUUCCCAAGCCAUCAGCCCCAACCCCCUACAAAAUCUUCUCAGACGCCAAGAUGAUGUUGAUGAGCCUGGAGAAGAUGGGACGUCUCUGAGGGACGACCUUGUCGUAUGUAUUGAGGGCAUGAACGGCGUCUUCGAAGCCGAUGCUCCCAAGCCCGCCCCGGCGUUAUCAGAGUGGAUGGAAGCCAACCCAUUCACUACCCCCUCGGAGUCGUCCGGCCCGGGCGGCGUGUGGUGCACCAUGACAUACCCCGCCAGUCUCUCCGAGCUUGUCACCCCUUACUACUCCAGCCACACAAGCUGGUGGUCCAGCAUCAGCAGCGCGCUCGGCGGCACAUUCACGUACGAGUGUAACGACGCCACGCUGACGGCCAACUUGAUCGGCGACGGGCAGUACGAAGGCUGUUCCGAUGGAUACGGUGUUCUCUUCACCGGACCGGGUAUCACAACGUUCGCUCCUCUGGACACGGUUCCAUCCACUGCCCUCUCGGCUGCCAGCGCGACGCCUACUUCCGAGGCGCUGACGAGCGUGGUCUCUGAAAGCGAGACCGCGAGACCUACUACGGCAUCUACAACGUCGCCUCCUGAGGUGACGGGUGCCAAUGGGGCGAGCAGGCUAACAGGAGCUGUCGCUGCCGCGGUUGCUGCGAUAGGAGCUAUUGGAGCAUUGACGUUAUGAUAGACGACUGGAAGAUAGUUGAGCUGCGAAUUUGCCAGUCAAGGGGUUGUUGAUGAGGAAUAGGUUGCUCGGUUAUCUGGCACAGUUUUGCGCACUGGAAAAGCACAAGUGCUGUGACUAGAUAGACGUACAAGAUAAGACGGACCCCUACAGAUCGUAAAUAUUCUAAAAGGAGUACAAUCAACAGUGAAAGCGCUCGUUAUGAAGAAGAAAUGAUCA